CCUCCUCUAACCAUUAACCAGCAGAGACACCGACAAACAGGAUUUAGCAGGCAGUCUCCCUGGAGACUACUGUACAUCUGCUAGGAUCCCAGGCAGCAGAGCAGAGCCCGCAGGAGCGACCUGAGCCUACUGCAGACGACCUAGUCAACCAGAACAAUGCCAUUUGCUCUGUAUGCCUGUCUCCUAUGGCUCUCCACCAGUGGCCUUGUGACUGCCAAUUCUAUAGAUGACAGCAGUUCCGGGAACCCUCACCGAGGCCUGGCUCCCACCAAUCUUGACUUUGGCUUCAACCUGUAUCGUCACCUAGGGGCCAUGGAUCCUCACAAGAAUAUCUUAAUCUCCCCCGUGAGCAUCUCCAUGGGCUUGGUAAUGAUGUCCCAUGGUGCCUCAGGCCCCAUAAGGACCAAGCUUUUCCAGGAGCAAGGCUUCAACAUGACAGAGAUAACUGAAGAUGAGAUCUACCAGAGCUUCCAGCAGCUCGAUCACCUUCUCAGUCAGCCAGACAGCAACUUGAAGAUGAACAUGGGAAACGCCAUGUCCCUUGACCAGAGCCUGGAUCCAAGAGACUCAUUCUUAGCAGACGUCAAAAAGUAUCAUGAGUCAGAGGCCUUGAUCACCAAGAACUGGCCUGAAGCCUGCCAGAGAAUCAACAAGUAUGUCGAGAGUAAGACACAGGGGAAAAUGACAGACAUAUUCUCAGAAGAGGAUCAUAAAGCCCCCCUCAUCCUGGUCAACUACAUCCUUCUCAGAGGCAUGUGGCAACUUCCCAUAAACCCAGAGAACACCAAGGAUGAGGACUUCCACGUGAACGAGACAAACACAGUCCGGGUACCCAUGAUGUUCCAGUCCGGAAAUAUCGGUUACCUUCGGGACACGGCGAUUCCCUGCCAGCUGGUACAGAUGAAGCAUUUGGGAAACGGAAAUGGAACUACCUUCCUCAUCCUUCCUGACCAGGGCCAGAUGGACACUGUCACUGCCGCACUUAACCGGGACACAGUUGAGAGGUGGGACAAGACCCUGACCAAAAGGCAAGUGAACCUGUACAUCCCCAAAGUCUCCAUGACUGGUACCUAUGACCUUAAAGAUGUGCUGGCAAGCAUGGGCAUUGCAGACUUGUUUGUCAACCAAUCCAUUUUCUCAGGCAUCACCCAGGAUUCCCCACUGCCGUCUUCCAAGAUGGUCCACAAGGCCUUGCUGCAACUGGAUGAGACAGGUGAACCAACCAGAACCACCAAAGAGGCUCCCCUAGAGGUGACAUCUGAACCACCCACUGUCAAACUCGACAGGCCCUUCAUCAUCCUGAUGUUUGACGGCUUCACAUGGAGCAGCCUGUUGAUGGGCAAAAUCAUGAAUCCAGCUUAUUUCUGUCCAGUGGUGAAAGUGGGGCUCCGUGUGAGCAGGUGUGUCCUCAGCACACCUGAUGGUGCCCCACUCCCAGGAGCACCAUCCCGGGAGCAGCCCGCAUACAUUGUGGAUGGCUCCCAUGAUGAACAAAGACCUGAAAGGACAGGUUACACUGUUCAGAUAAAGUGGCCCCUGGCCUCCACAGUUGUGCAUAUGAGGGCAGCUUCUAGCCUUUUGCUUCCUGUCCUCCUGGCAGAGGUGUGUCUGGUGACCAGUUUAAACUUCAGCUCCCAUUUACCAGAGGCCCAGGCAGAGUUGAAGUCUCAGGAUCCUCAGAACCAGACUUGGGUUCCCAGCAAUGAAGAGGAGGAAGAACAUUGGCUGAGGACUAGCCAGCAGCAGCUCUCCAAUGAGACUUCAAACUUUGGGUUCAGCCUGCUUCGGAAGAUCUCUAUGAAGCACGAUGGCAAUGUAAUCUUUUCACCAUUUGGCCUGUCUGUGGCCAUGGUAAACUUGAUGCUGGGGGCCAAGGGAGAGACCAAAGUCCAGGUGGAGAAUGGGCUCCAUCUACAGGCCCUGAGUCAGGCAGAAGCCCUGAUCCUCCCAUCCCUCUUCAAGAGGCUCAGAGAAACCCUCUCCAGCAAUCAGGAGCUGGACCUCACCCAGGGGAGCUUUGCCUUCAUCCACAAGGACUUUGAUAUCAAAGAGACCUACCUCAAUCUAUCCAAGAAGUAUUUUGAUACAGAGUGUGUGCCUACAAAUUUUCGAAAUUCCUCACAGGCCAAAGGGCUUAUGAACUACUACAUUAACAAAGAGACUCGGGGAAAAAUUCCCAAGCUCUUUGAUGAGAUUAAUCCUGAAACAAAGUUAAUUCUGGUGGACUACAUCUUGUUCAAAGGGAAGUGGCUGACUCCAUUUGAUCCCGGCUCCACCGAGGCUGACAAUUUCCACCUGGACAAAUAUAAGGCUGUUAAGGUGCCCAUGAUGUAUCGGGAAGGCAACUUUGCUUCCACCUUUGAUAAGAAGUUCCGUUGUCACAUCCUCAAACUGCCCUACCAAGGAAAUGCCACCAUGCUAGUGGUCCUCAUGGAGAAAACAAGUGACCCCUUGGCCCUAGAGGACUACCUGACCAUAGACCUCGUGGAGACAUGGCUCCAGAAUAUGAAAACCAGGAAAAUGGAAGUUUUCUUCCCCAAGUUCAAGCUGGACCAGAGGUAUGAGAUGCAUAAGCUGCUCCAGCAGAUGGGAAUCAGGAGAAUCUUUUCCACCUCAGCUGACCUCAGUGAACUCUCAGCCGUGGCAAGAAACCUUCAGGUGUCCAAGGUCUUACAACAAUCAGUGCUUGAAGUAGAUGAAAGAGGAACUGAGGCAGUGGCAGGGACACUGUCUGAGAUUGUCGCUUACUCCAUGCCUCCUGUCAUCAAAGUGAAUCGACCUUUUCAUUUCAUGAUCUAUGAGGAGAUGUCCAAGAUGCUUCUGUUUCUGGGCAGGGUGGUGAACCCCACUGUCCUGUGACUCAGGCGUGUAUAAGCCUCGGCCAGAUCAGAUGCUGAGUCAGAGGGGUCUGAACCACAGGACACUGCUGGUGAAUGGUAAAGAGUGUGCUCUCCUCUGCAUUUGGCCAGUUUGUUGUGGCUGUUCUCUAACACAGAAAUUAAAAUGACUCAUAUUUUAAGGA